UUUAAAACAUCUUCUCCAAGUCAUUAAUAUGGAUUACAUCUAUUGCUAUAGGAGAAAGUAAGGAAGAGAGGACAUUCCGGAACUGGAUGAAUUCUCUGGGUGUAAGCCCAUAUAUUAACCACUUGUACAGUGACCUUGCUGAUGCUUUAGUGAUCUUCCAGCUGUAUGAAAUGAUUCGUGUGCCAGUCGAAUGGAACCAUGUUAACAAACCUCCGUAUCCUGCACUUGGUGGUAAUAUGAAAAAAAUUGAGAAUUGUAAUUAUGCAGUGGAAAUUGGGAAGACAAAGGCCAAAUUCUCCCUGGUUGGUAUUGCUGGACAGGACCUAAAUGAUGGCAAUGCAACUCUGACCUUGGCAUUGGUGUGGCAGCUGAUGAGAAGGUAUACUCUUAAUGUACUAUCAGACCUUGGAGAGGGGGAAAAAGUAAACGAUGAAAUUAUUAUUAAAUGGGUAAAUCAAACUCUUGCAAAUGCAAACAAGAAAACCUCAAUUACCAGCUUCAAGGACAAAUCUAUUAGCACUAGUUUACCUGUACUAGAUUUAAUAGAUGCCAUUGCACCAAAAGCAAUUCGUCAAGAAAUGGUCAAGAGAGAAGAUCUUUCUGAACAAGACAAAUUGAAUAAUGCUAAAUAUGCCAUUUCAGUUGCUCGAAAGAUUGGUGCUCGUAUUUAUGCACUGCCAGAUGAUCUAGUAGAAGUGAAGCCAAAAAUGGUUAUGACAGUGUUUGCGUGCUUGAUGGGAAGAGGACUGAACAAAAUAAAAUAAUUAAGACAUUUAAUAAAAGUUUCUGCCAUGUUAAACACAAUAAAUGCCUCACAGUUUACAAGAUUCUGAAGUUUAGUGGAUAUAAAAACAGAGAUAAAUUUGUAUGUGCAAGUAUGGAUAUAUAUUCAUUAAUUACAUUUUAAUAACUUGUUUAUACUAGUGAAGGUUUCAUUCAAACAAUUUCAUAUUAUAUGAAUUAUUUAUGUGUUAAUAGUUCUAUCAGAAUAUGUUCAUUACCGAAUUAAGGUUACAUUCUUGUAUUGCUUUUUAAAAAAUCUUGUAAAUCAAGCCUAGUUCAUACUGUUUUCAUAGAGUGAAAAGGAUCAGCAGCUUUUAAAAUAUGUUAUUUCAGGAUCUGCUGUGAAUAUAUAUUUUUGUGGGUGUUGUUUACAUGUAGUCAUAGCUGUGUGAAAGUCCAUUUGAACACUGUUAUAUUUUCCCUAUACUGAACAAGGAUCAGCAUCAUUACCUUAUUCUCUGAAGGCCUGAUCCAAUUCCUGCUGAAGUCAAUGAGAGUCUUGCCACUGACUUUAUUGAAGCUAGUUUGGACCUGUGAUCACCAUAUUGUCUAGAAUUUAGUGAUGUUAUUCAUAAUGUUGUUGAAUCUUUCAUAUGGGAGUAAACACCUAAAUGUAUCAGAUUGUUUUUUUACAAAACAACAAACUUUCAUCAAAGUGAAGAAUAACACUAAAUAGUAAGGCAAAUGUGUACCAUGGACAUUACUGGAAGAUCUGUGUUUAUAUUAACCCUUGCAGCUGGAGUAAAUAUCUGAACUUUCAUAAAUUGUUGUAUCAGAAAGCAAUAAAGAGAGCUGGCCAGUCCAGUUUGGGGACUCAGCUUAUAUGUACUGCAU